CAUAGCAACGUGGUAAACAUGAUUUAUCAACCAACUCAUGAUUCACGUAUGAUUCACAUAUCGCUCGCAUUAUCGGCAACUUUGGUUUUGGAGAGUCCAUUUGUAGUUGUACACGUACAGUAGGCCUCCGUAGCCCAAGUUAAAACAAUUACGUCACUGAUUACAUCAGAUCAUUAUGGCAGGAAAAUCUGGAACACAAGACUGGUUUUAUCAUGCACCGAAGAAGAGGUCACCAGAUGCAGGGCCCAAAGACUACCCAGCCCCAUCCCAGAUACCCAUGCUCAGUAAUGCUGUUAUUGAGGAAGAUGCACGGGAUGAAACAGGGAUGAUGCGGGGAUGGAUUCGAGAAAGUGAUUCCAAAUACGUCAGGUUGGCCAAGCAGAGAGGAAGAAGAGAUUUGCUUCAGAUCCGUGAGAGGCCUCCACCCUCCAAAGAAGCUAAGCCCUACCCACGGGUGGACUGGUUUGAUCAUAAUCCUGAACCCGAGGCACAAGACGAAAAGUCUGUGAGGAAAGUCUACCUUCCAGAUUACAUGGUCCAUGAAGAAUACAACCCAGAGACCCACGUGGAUGAGCAGGAAGGCAAGCGCCCUCCUCCCCGGAGGCCGCCGUACUCCCUCCAAGACAAACUGUCUGUCUUCGAAAGGGAAGGAGGCUGUGUUACAGACAAGAUGCAUGUCAAGCUGCCUGAGAUAAAGGCUACUGGCAAGAAAGUGACAAAAAAGGACAAGGGAAGGAAAGAUGAGGGAAAAACCAAAUUACAGAACAGAUAUGCAAAAGUCCCAACCCAUGAAACCCAGGAAAAGCCAAUCAUGGAAAAGCUUCUCAAUUUUGGCUACCAGCAUGAGUGGUACGACCAGCGUGAAAAGUACUAUGAGCACCAGAAGAAGGUACAGAGCAACCAGCCCUCCUGGGACCACUCAGCGAGUCAGGGCAGUCGGCUGACCACAGAGUACCGGGACGAGAUAAACACUGGGAAUAAAGAGAGCAAGGGCCCUGGGUCACCCCGGUCCAAGAGGGUGGCCAUGACCAAGAAGGCAGAGGCAAUGCGAAAAGACAAGCAGGAGGCAACAGAGAAGGAGCUCUUCAAAUUAAGCAAGUUCGACAAAGUUGGCCCAAGGAUAAAUAGCCACUGGUCGGAUGGCCCGAGGUUAACUGACCAGGAGAAAAUGGACACCUACACCCGACAGCUGGAAGAGAUGACCCAUGCAUAGGUCGGGGGUUGUGCAUCUGAUGGGGCACAACUCACCCAGUUGUGUGCUGAGCAUUCUUGCCAAAGAUUUGGAGAAUUUAAUCACUGGACAAUAACGUAGGACCUAACGUACACGUACCUGGAUUGCAAGCUCAGACUGGGAGUCAGGAAAUCAUUACUUUGUAUCAAGGCCUUCAUACCAAAAUACAGUUUACGUCCAGUACUGCCAUGCCCUAAUGCUCGAUUUUAUCCUUCUUUCCUUUUCUAUUUGUUCCCUUUGUCAGCAAUUUUGGAAUAUAGGAUAAUUCAUAUGCUUAUACUGUGUUGCUGCCACCAGACAUGGUACAAGAAAAUGUCAAGACGCAAUUUGCAUUGGAAAAAUGAAAACGGCAAUGAGAAAUGUUGGUACAAAGUUCUUAUAUCUAGGUUUGCUUAAGAAUGGAUAAUAGAGUCCGUGUAACCUUUCCACCAUUGACAUUCUUGCGAUAAAUUCCAAAGUACCUAAACUGUGCGGUGCUUAAUCUAAAGUUUGGUAAUAAAUUCAGUAACUUGGCCUUGGUGUUUGUACUGUACUUCAUAUGGGACACAGAGUACAUGUGAAAUAAGGUAAUUGACACUUAUGUUGUGGAUCAAUUGCUGAGGUUUAGUACUGAUUCCAAACAUAAUCCUCAGUGUAGGUCUGUGUUUUAUGAAUGUCAGUGUAGAUAUAGGUUGAUAUAUUUUUCUAACCUGUAUUUCCAUCUGGGUUUUAUGAUUGCCAGUUUAUAUUGAUUGACAAAUUUAUCUAACCUGUCUCUGGAAUUUUGAGAAUAUUUAAUCCCAUCUGUGGAAUUACAUUUAUGCUUUAAAUAACAGAAAAAUCGUGCAAAGAUUUACUGCUGACCGGCCACUUCAGUGGCUUUGCCAUAUCUCAUGUAUCUGGCAAAUGUGUCAUAUGAAAAUGUCAGGGGUAGUUUGGGCUACUUUUAACUGGAUGUAUGCACUCGGUGGCAUGAAGUUAUGGGAACCAGCUGUUUUCUCUGGCUGUUUUCAAGUGGCGACUCAUUUAAAUACACAGUUCCUGUACAUAGUUUGUGGCAUUAGUUAGUUUCCGAGUUAAUUUUUCUAAAUGUUGCAAAUAUAGAACGGUAGCAAGGGUGUUAAGGCAAGGCUUUUUGUGCAUCAUAAACUGACAUCAGUUAAUAUUAAACAAGUCUGUAGUUGGUUUCCUCCGAACGCUUCCAUACCAUUAUACUGUGCAUGUUCUAUUUGUAAGGGGAACCGUCCAGCUCAAAUGUAACAUAUUGCAACAGUCGUCUACAGUUAAUAAUGCAGCAAAUGAGGCUCAUUGCCUUCCUGCUUAAUAUACCUGUAACUUGAAUUGUAUUUUGUAAAUUAGGUUCUUUGAUGAGUUUUUUGACGGGGGU